AUGGAGAACAGUACAAUAAUGAACUCAUCAGCUUUACCACACUGGCAGAUGCCUUUUCCAUUUGUUAUAGCCACAAUGGUAUAUCUUAUUGCUAAUAUAAUAACUAGUGUGGUCAUUAACUCGCUACUGAUUGUCAUAAUCAAAUCUUCGCCCAGUCUCCGUACACCACCUAAUAGUCAUUUAAUGAAUAUAUGUGCUAAUAAUGUAUUGACGUGUAUUGGAAUGCUGUUUUCUCUUGUUUGUAUCAACGUGAAUUCCCUUAAAAUCGAUAAGGAGAAAUCGGAUUUAUUGAGCGGAGUGCAGUUAUUUGUGGUGUUCAAUAGUUUGAUACAGUAUUGGGGAACGUUUGCUUCUAUUGGUUUCUACAGACAGAGAACGAUCAGACGGCCAGGGUUGUCGUUACGAAAAAGGCGCCAAAUCGUAUCACGGUGCAUCACCGGAAACUGGAUAGUGUCUUUGUUAAUCAGUAUGACCUGCAGCUUGUCGUUUGUUCAGAGUUCGACGUAUUUAGUCGAUACCAUGGAUCCAUUUCGCGUGGAUUAUCAUCUAGGGCGUUAUAAGAGGACAACUCCUGAACAACUUAUAAUCAUUUUUAUAUUUUUAACGGUUUUUAUACUACAGUUGGUCAUCAUAAUGUCAUCGUAUUAUAGAAUUUGUAAAACUUUAAACAUUACUGUUAAAUUUGCCAAAAAUCGGAUAAAGCCUUGGAUUCAGGAUCAUCCUGCUGAAAAUUCCGUCCAAAAUGAAACCAGGGACGUGCCACAUCGGGCCAACAAAUCAAACCAGCCAGUUGACAACAACCCUAGUCCAUAUACCAUUUCCGGCACGCAUGCGUGUGAAGAUACAAUUGUCCAUUAUCAAAAAUGUGACCAAUCUCUUGCCUUUGAAGACAUUAUUGCCUUAGAAAACCCCAUGUUAGCCACAAAAAUACGCAAGCAUUAUCAAGAUAAACGAAAUCUACGCAAAACCUUAAGUACUGGAAGCACGGCUUCGACCAAAUCGGAAGUACCUGAUUUUACUGAUAUAUCUAUGGGUGCUGAUCUCGAUCGUUAUCAAAUGUUGAAAAAUAAUUUUAUUUUGAAAAAGCAGAAUUUAAAACGAGAUAGAGUUAUUAUUCUAUAUGAAUGCCCCGAUAUAUCCACUGUGGUAUUUAGUGUUCAGUAA